GUAGCCCGAUGGUGUUAUGAUGGAGUCAUAAAGUCGUGAACUUCGCAGUCAUGUGCUCUAGUCAGCGUUUAUACGAGCAGGUUAGCAGAGCGGUCGUUACUCUGUAGACUAAUCAGCCAUGAAGCUCUUCGGGCUGCUGCUUUCGGUUUGGUUCAUCCAUGUCUCCAUCGCAGGCAAUAUAAAGUUUAACCCCAUUAUUACUGAAGAGAAGUUGCUAUGGGUGGGCGGUGGAGCUGGAGAAGUGCACACAUACCGCAUCCCCCUGCUGACCUUCACCACCCGCGGAAGCCUGCUGGCGUUUGCUGAGGGCCGGAAGACAUCCAGCGGUGACAUGGAGGCCAAAUUUAUAGCCCUGAGACGGUCCCCAGACAGAGGAGCUACAUGGUCUCCCACGUCCUUCAUAGUAGAUGAUGGGAUUCACACGGAUGGGUCAAACUUGGGAUCUAUUGUUGUGGAUGAAGACACAGGUGCUCUAAUAUUGAUCUACUCUCUGUGCUUCUACCGCUACCACUGCAGCCCCCCAAGCACCAUGCUGGUGGAGAGCCUGGAUGAUGGUCUGACUUGGAGCGCUCCUCGCAACCUCUCUGUCCAGCUGGGGGUCAAGAGCUUCAUUCCAGGGCCUGGCUUCGGCAUUCAGAAACGCUAUCCGCCUGCUAAAGGCCGUCUGGUGGUGUGUGGUCAUGGCACUAUUAAGGGUGAUGGCGUUUUCUGCAUCCUGAGCGAUGAUCAUGGGCGAACGUGGAGAAACGGAGCCGCGCUGAAGAGUAUCCCCUACAACCAGCCCAAACAGAGCCUGGACUUCAACCCAGACGAAUGCCAGCCAGUGGAACUUCAGGAUGGAAGCAUACUCAUCAGUGUGCGAAACCAGAACAACUACCACUGCCACUGCCGGAUGGUGGUGCGGAGUCUGGACGGGGGCGAGACGCUGCCUAUGGAGGAGCUGGUGUUUGACCACACGCUGGUGGAUCCUGUGGUGGCAGCUGGAGCUCUACAGAAAGAUGGAGUGUUGUACUUCAGCAACCCAGCCAGCUCUCAACAAAGGGUCAAUCUGACUCUCCGCUGGUCUCUGACUGACGGUAAGUCAUGGGAAAAAGAAGUAUUGCAGAUUUGGCAGGGGCCGAGCGGGUAUUCCGCUUUAACAUCACUCAAAGGAGACCAUCCUGAGGAUAAGAAACACAUCUUCAUCAUCUAUGAGAAAGGUCGUAAGGACUAUUUUGAGACUGUCUCUUUUGCCAAAAUUAACCUCCACGGAGGAUUAUAGAAUGAGAGGGGUUGUAGAUUUGAAUUUUUAGGAAAAUACAGAGCAAUAAAGAGCAAAGGAAAAUUCACCAUGCGUUCAGAAUGAUUCACAGGAUGUAAGUUUGAAUUGCAGAUGGAGUCAUUUUUUCUGUUCACUUUCACCUUUCAGUCAAUGACUUUCCAGCAUUCGCAAGUUAAAGGGAAAUUGCACCACUUUUUCUUCUCUUCUUUUGCAUAUUUACGUCAUCAAAAUGUAAACAAAGUCAUUUGGUCUGAUGUGAAAUGCUCCCACUGUAGAGAAACUUACAGAGUCAGAAU